AUGCCCAGGGCAGCAGCCCAGGGCUGUCUACGUGUCAGCGCGAAGUGGGUUAACGAAGGCGUGAAGCUGGGGCCAUACAUCACAUCAGUCUCGCCAGGCGAGACGACCAAGAAACUACGCGUCAGCCAGCUAAUCAAGGGCACAGCCCCGGGCUUGGGUCUUAAUCCAAAAGACUAUUCAUCACACUCGCUUCGUAUUGGAGGCGCCUGUGCCUUACUGGCAGCAGGCAAGAGCGACCUCGUGAUUCGACUGAUGGGACGAUGGUCGAGUUGGUGCUUCAUCGUGUACACUAGGCUCAAGCCGGGCAUGAUUCGAGACGUGGCAAGCAGUAUGAUCAAGGCUUCGACCUGGGAGUUCCAUGAACCAAACUCCAUACAACUUGAGGGGGAUUCCAGCGAGCCUACAUCAUUGAGCUAA